AUGCUAUUUAAUCAAACCCCCUGUCAUCAACAAUCCCCCUUCCCUCACCCCAACUCAACUAUCCUCCCAACUCAACUACCCCCUUCCCUAACCCCAGUCAACUACCCCCUUCCCUCACCCCAGUCAACUACCCCCUUCCCUCACCCGAGUCAUCUACCCCCUUCCCUCACCCCAACUCAAUUACCCCCCUUCCCUCACCCCAACUCAUCUACCCCCUUCCCUCACCCCAACUCAACUACCCCCUUCCCUCACCCCAACUCAACUACCCCCUUCCCUCACCCCAACUCAACUACCCCCUUCCCUCACCCCAGUCAACUACCCCCUUCCCUCACCCCAGUCAACUACCACCUUCCCUCGCCCCAGUCAACUACCUCCUUCCCUCACCCCAACUCAUCUACCCCCUUCCCUCACCCCAACUCAACUACCCCCUUCCCUCGCCCCAGUCAUCUACCCCCUUCCCUCACCCCAACUCAUCUACCCCCUUCCCUCAUCCCAGUCAUCUACCCCCUUCCCUCACCCCAACUCAUCUACCCCCUUCCCUCAUCCCAACUCAUCUACCCCCCUUCCCUCACCCAAACUCAAUUACCCCCUUCCCUCACCCCAACUCAUCUACCCCCUUCCCUCACCCCAACUCAUCUACCCCCUUCCCUCGCCCCAGUCAACUACCCCCUUCCCUCACCCCAACUCUACCCCCUUCCCUCACCCCAACUCAACUACCCCCUUCCCUCAUCCCAGUCAUCUACCCCCUUCCCUCACCCCAACUCAUCUACCCCCUUCCCUCGCCCCAGUCAACUACAACCUUCCCUCGCCCCAGUCAACUACAACCUUCCCUCACCCCAACUCAAUUACCCCCUUCCCUCACCCCAACUCAUCUACCCCCUUCCCUCACCCCAACUCAUCUACCCCCUUCCCUCGCCCCAGUCAACUACAACCUUCCCUCACCCCAACUCAACUACCCCCUUCCCUCACCCCAACUCAUCUACCCCCUUCCCUCGCCCCAGUCAACUACAACCUUCCCUCACCCCAACUCAUCUACCCCCUUCCCUCAUCCCAACUCAACUACCCCCUUCCCUCACCCCAACUCAACUACCCCCUUCCCUCACCCCAGUCAACUACAACCUUCCCUCACCCCAACUCAUCUACCCCCUUCCCUCGCCCCAGUCAACUACCCCCUUCCCUCACCCCAGUCAACUACCCCCUUCCCUCACCCCAGUCAUCUACCCCCUUCCCUCACCCCAACUCAACUACCCCCUUUCCUCUCCCCAACUCAACUACCCCCUUCCCUCACUCCAGUCAACUACCCCUUUUCCUCACCCCAGUCAUCUACCCCCUUCCCUCACCCCAGUCAACUACCCCCUUCCCUCACCCCAGUCAACUACCCCCUUCCCACACCCCAACUCAAUUACCCCCUUCCCUCACCCCAACUCAAUUACCCCCUUCCCUCACCCCAACUCAACUACCCCCUUCCCUCACCCCAACUCAACUACCCCCUUCCCUUACCCCAGUCAACUACCCCCUUCCCUCACCCCAGUCAACUACCCCCUUCCCUCACCCCAGUCAACUACCCCCUUCCCUCACCCCAACUCAACUACCCCUUUCCCUCAACCCAACUCAACUACCCCCUUCCCUCAUCCCAGUCAUCUACCCCCUUCCCACCCCAGUCAUCUACCCCCUUCCCUCACCCCAACUCAAUUACCCCCCUUCCCUCACCCCAACUCAAUUACCCCCCUUCCCUCACCCCAUCUCAACUACCCCCUUACCUCACCCCAGCCAACUAUCCCCCUUCCCCCAUCCAAGUCAACUAUCCCCCUUCCCACCCCCUAG